UUACUUUGUCAAAGGUCUGUGCCAUGAAUUCACUUCUCACAGCAUUUCUCCAUUCCCCCCAAAAUAAGUGACAACUAUAUUGCAAUGCCUGAUGCAGUGAAGCAGCAGAUGCAGAAAUUUCUAACCCCAGCAUGCCUGAUUGCGCAAUCAGGAUAAUUUACUACCUCGCAGAUGUUUACAAUAAAACGCCAUGUUAGUUUAGUCAGAGAGACGAUCAGAGUCGACUCCAUAAUAGACUGCACCUUCAUCUUUUUUAUUUUUUAUUGACUAUGAGUAAAAACUGGGAAAUCCACAGUCACCGUGAGCAAUCUCUGCCGUACUCAAUAGUAGCAGUGAUAGCGUGGAGACAGAGCGUGUGUUUGUGUUGAAUGUGUGGGAUAUAUUGCUGAGUUAGACUGUCGAGGACUACUGGAUCAAUAGUCAAUACAUGACUCAGACUGUUUGGAGGGAUACAGCCUCCUCGGCUUGUCUCGGUGCUGCCAGUGCAGAAACAAGAUUCGCUUGACAGAUUCUGUUGUCCAACAAGGAUAUUUCUUUAAAUUUUAUUUUAUUUCAAGAGAAUUCACCUACAGUUUGCUUCGACCACCAUAGGAGUGCUUUAUGCUGAGACCUUUUCGGAGUGGUUAUCUGCUGUCUGAGGCUCUAGUAGUGUCUGGGGGAGAAAUUUAUCUUGCCCUAAUUAUCAUCAAUUACAUGCUUGUAUGGAUGGAAAGGAAAAAAAAAACUGUGAAUGGAAAUUGAUAUACCAAUGCUUGGAUCGCUCAGCUAUUGUGCAGUGGGAUAUGUAUACUACAUGUUUCAUGGGCUCUGUGCACUGAACACAUUUCUGUGAGGAAUUCCUAUGUGGAGGAGGGAUAUUUUUUUUUUAUUCUCCCUGGAUCAGAUCUGUUGUUGCCUGUAAAUUCUUGUGAAUGUGUUGCACAGGAUUUCCUCUCUAUCUGUAAAUCAAAGAAGUUUUUUUUUCCCCUUUUUUCCUCUUUUCUCUUUUGCCUAUACUCUCUCACUUUGUGAAAGAAUGAGAAUGGGAGAAUGGCAGGUGAAAAAACCUUCUCUGCAGCUGGAGUUAAUUUGAAGGAGCCGGUCUAGUGCUUUCAGUAGGGAGGUAGAAAGAAGAGGAGGGGGUAGUGUGAUGUCGGACGAUCACCUGUACCUCAGCCCCGAGGACCUCGAGGAGGGGGACCUGGUCAUCGGCGAGGACUCUUCCUCGUCAGGUCACGACUCCUCCAGUCAGACCAGCGAUGAGGGAGAAGAUCUUAACGACGAUGUCAAUGAAGAGGACGCUGAAGAUGAUAGUGAUGAAGAGGAGGAUAUAUCGCCCAAUGACAUCGGUCCACACAAGUCGUUCAACAUUCCCGGGACGGUCAGUCAGCCGAGCGGUGGCAGCCACCCCACCAACAGACAGACGGACGGGGAGGUGCUAGGAAAGCUCCAGGAACUCUACAAUGAAAGGUCGGCCAUUUUGACCUACAUUGAAGAGGAGGACAGACAGAGGAAAUGGUACAUCUCACAACUGGACAACGUCCGACAGCGGCUGGAGAAAGUCACGCUAACGGACGGGAGUCAGAAAGAAAGAGAGAUGAUGCGGCGGAAGAUUGAGUUUGAAGGGAAGCAGAUACAGGAAUUAUUUCUACAGAAUCUCGGGACGGCUGAACAGAUAUCUCAGCGACAGGAGGUCAGACUGUCUCGCAUCAGCACCAUCGAAACUGAGAUACUGGAUCUACAAAAGGCACAGAAAGCCAAGGUGGGUGCGGACAAGGAACUGAAUGGAUCAAUGUACAUGGAGGAAGGGAACGGGAUGAACAUCACGUCCCUGUAUCAUGGUGCAUGGCCCCUCACCCCCAACAAAAAAGAUGGAUCUCGAGAUGGCUCGAGUCAUGGAUCGUCUCACCAAGAGAUCGGCAGCGUGAUGAGCUUUAACUCCAGUAACACCACUGCCUCCCAGUCUGCACAGCCCCCCGCAUCGCCACGGCAACACGGCCAGCCUCUGAUGACCGGCACCCUCACAAUGCCUCAGGGUCAUCCCCAGGAUGGGGGGCUGGCCGGCCAGACCCCACAGCAGCUGGGCACCAAGGUGGAGAUGGUGUACUCCCUGCUGUCCAUGCUUGGGACUCACGACAAGGAUGACAUGUCACGGACACUGCUGGCCAUGUCAAGUUCACAGGACAGCUGUAUAGCGAUGAGGCAGUCAGGUUGUCUCCCUUUGUUGAUCCAAUUGUUACAUGGCAGUGACAAAGACUCAGGGUUGCUAGGCAACACGAGGGGCAGCAAGGCAGCGAGGGAAAGGGCAGCGGCCGCUCUACACAACAUUGUCCACUCCCACCCCGACGACAAGCGGGGGCGGAGGGAGGCCAGGGUGCUCAGGUUCCUGGAACAGAUCCGGGCCCAUUGUGACCAGCUGAGGGAGAUCCAGGAGGAUAGUCCGGAGAUGUCAGAUGAUAAAGACAUGGACCACCAGCCAGGCCCCGCUGUGGCGGCGCUGAUGAAGUUGUCCUUUGAUGAGGAGCACAGACAUGCCAUCUGUAGUCUGGGUGGCGUCCAGGCUAUAGCGGAGCUGUUGGAGGUGGACCACGGGGUCCACGAGCAAGGGGUGGAACAGUACAACAUCACGAUGCGGCGCUACGGCUGUAUGGCCCUCACCAACCUGACCUUCGGGGACGGGACCAACAAGGCCCUGCUGUGUUCGAUGAGGACCUUCAUGAAGGCCCUGGUGGCCCAGCUAGAAUCUGAAUGUGAGGACCUCAACCAGGUGGCUGCCAGUGUUUUACGGAAUCUGUCAUGGAAAGCAGAUCUACAGAGCAAAAAGACACUGCGUGCAGUGGGGGCUGCCACCAAACUAAUGGGAGCCGCGAUGAAAGUCAAGAAAGAGGCCACACUAAAGAGUAUUCUUAGUGCUUUAUGGAACUUAUCCGCUCACGGCAGUGAAAACAAAGCCGAGAUUUGUGCUGUUGACGGUUCUCUGGAAUUUCUCGUCAGUACUCUGACCUACAAGUCUCCGUCAAAGACGACAGCCGUCAUAGAAAACGGGGGAGGUGUGUUACGCAAUAUCUCUAGUCAUAUCACCGUCCGCGAAGACUAUCGGCAGAUUCUUCGAAAACAUGGCUGUCUUCAGAUUCUGCUCAAGCAGUUGCGCUCGCCGAGUCUGAACAUUGUGAGUAAUGCAUGUGGUACAUUGUGGAACUUAUCAGCGCGGUGUGCGGAGGAUCAGAAAUCUCUAUUGGACAUGGGGGCAGUGGGAAUGCUUCGGAACCUUGUGAAUUCCAAGCACCAGAUGAUUUCGAUGGGAAGCUCAGCGGCUCUCAAAAAUCUGUUAACCGCUUGUAACAUCAAAACCAUGGGCAUGGAUAAAAAGACAUUUCCCAACCGACCCUCGCUACAUGUGAGGAAACAAAAAGCCCUUGCAGAAGAAAUCGACCAAAGUUUGUCAGAGACAUGUGAAAACGUAGAAAGUCCAAGAGACAGUCCCACCGAAAACGGUCGAUCAGACAAAGACCAGCCUCGUUUUAAUUUUCCCGCCAACCCCAGUGCUUCGUUAAAUGACAGUGAUGCUCACCGAGCUCAGAAUCGAGGUCACAGCUUUCCAAAGAGUCUGAGUGGGGAGAACACCCCCAUGUCCGACAGCCAUCUUAUGUCCCCCCACCGCGUGGCCAGGUCUGGGAGUCAGGACAGCGUCGGUAGUACCCACUCAGACAUUUCUCACGACAGGACCCGAUUCCACAUGGCCAUGAAAAAAGCUAAGAACAUGACGGACAGGCAAGGGGGCAGUCUUGACCGGCAGCAAGGGGGUGGGGUCCCCCGCACCCACUCGGAUAGCAAUUGUGAAGUGGCACAGCAACAACAACCAAGCAGCAGAAUCAUUCAAGUGAUGAAGGAAGUGGCAAAGCAUGCUGGGAUUGAUUCAGAUUCCGGCUCUAAAGGAGGCUCUCAUUCACAGAAUAGCACACCCAGAAAAACAGACUCUUCCUUCUCUUACUCACAGUCUCUGCUGGUUAGGAGCUACACAGGGCCAAGUUCAAGUCAGGCCUCAAUGGGGCAGUAUGGGGGACAGUUUGGAAAGAUUCCUUACUCUAACAGUUUGGAUAGUGACCAGCCAAUAGACUAUAGCAUCAAUAAGUCAAACAAACCACCGGUACCUCCCAAAUACGGUAAUUAUGUAGGUCACAUGACUCAGGUGGCCAUGCAUCACUCGUUCACUGGACCCCAGAAAUCUGCUCAGAAUUUAUUCAACAUUUCACCCAUGGUUCCUCACAGCAACAUGUACGCCGAGACGGACUUGGAUUGUGAACAGCCCACGGAUUACAGCCGUCGAUUCGCAGAGAGCCAUGAGGACAGCGACGGAGACCAGCCCUAUGACAUGAGGUACGAGGAUAACUGUGCAGACUGUAAACUUGACAUCGCAAGACGAACCAACGAUCGGCUGGAAUUCCUGCCUGGUUACAACGACGACCAGGUGAAGACCUUCUGCACAGAGGGUACUCCUCGAAAUUAUCUGUCCACUGCUAAUUCACUGACCGACCUCAGUAAAGGGGAGAAGGAAGAUGCUCACAAAGAGCAUACAGAUGAAGAAGAAGAGGAGGAGGAAGAAGAAGAAGAGGGGGAUUAUCAGUAUGAGGAAGACAGUGGCUCUAUAGAGAAGAGGAGUGGUAGUGGUAGUCAGAGCACCAAUCAAAACACAGGUACCACGGUCAUAGCCAGUUACCAUGUCGCCACCAAGAAUCUCCAGCAGGUGGCAUCCAGUAAGUCACCCAGCCAUGAGGAGAGCAUGAGCCGGUCCUUUCAUGCCCCAAACGAAAAUGACAACUCGCCUGACCAAGUGAAGACAUAUUGUGAUGAGGGGACCCCCAUCUGUUUCUCCAGGGUGAGUUCUCUCAGCAGUCUUCACAGCAGUGAAGCUCAGGACAGGCAGGUGGAAUCCCACCGAUCCAACUUCCAGAACACAAGGGGACUUCACAGCAUUGAUGAGAAUGACGGUGCAAAGACCCCACCCAGGGAUGUAAAGGUUGUGAACUCCAUCAUGGCCCCUCCCAAAUAUGCACAGAACUCUGGACGUCAGAAACUCCUGAGCGAAUCUGAUUCACAGGGACCAGACAGUGCCGAAAAAGAACACAAGACAGUCACGUUUAACGACGACCAUCAGGUUCAGGAAACUCCCCUGAUGUUUUCCCGCUGUAGCUCCUUGGGAUCUUUGAGCAGUUUCGAUGCACACUCAGUGCAUAGUUCUGUGAUCAGUGAUUACAGUCGGCGAGCCAGUGAGGUGGUUUCACCCAGUGAACUACCUGAUUCUCCAAGCGAAACCAUGCCGCCAAGUCCAUCAAAGAGCCCAGACCAAGAGCUACAUCACAGAGCAAACGACCCUCAGAAGUUUGGCAACUUCAUGGAGGGAACGCCCAAAACUGUGCUGUACCGCCCAGUGGCCACAAAAGUAUCCAAUCAACAGAAAAUGGCCAACAUUGAGUUGGCUUCCACCAUCAGUCGAGACGAGGCUCCAGUGGUGUACGCUGAUGAGGGAACACCCCCUAACAUGUCCGAAACCAACAGCGUGCUCAGCACACUUACCAUCGACGAAACAAACAAGGCGAAAGCACAAGAAAAGUUGAAGGCAGGGAAAACAUCAGAGGGCAGUAACUUGAAGCCUGUACAGGAAGCUGAGGACAAAGAGAACUCGCAGAAUGACGUGUCAGUGGAUGAGGAGGACAUACUGAACGAGUGCAUCAGGACAGCCAUGCCCAGGAAACCUCGACGAAGCUCCUCUGACAAUUCUAUCAAGAAGAAGGGGAAUGGAGGCUCAGCUGAUUAUGCUCAAAAGAAUAAAGUGCCUCAGUGUGUGGAGGGUGCAAAUUCAACACCAAAGCCAAAAUUAGGCUCUAGCCUUCAUUCCUCCAUUUCUGAGAGUCUCGACAGUGAGAAAGACUGUGUUCGUACUUAUGCCUCGGAGGACAUCCCUUCACAAGGCAGGAAGCAGAUUCCAAAGCAUGUUGCUAGUGCUGCUAAUUUGAAGUCAAAGGACAAAGGCAUCAGUGAGUCAUGUGCAGACAGUGUGAAGGCCUUUGCAGAGGAGGAUGUUCCAUUCAGUGAGAAAAUGAAGAGACCUGUGAAACCGGAGAAGCCCAAGAAAGGUCCCUGUCAAGUGAACCCCAUGGCCGACAAUCAGGACACGGUGACCUCCUAUGCAAAUGAGGGUCAGCCUUCUGUAAAACCAGUGAAAACAGCCAAACAUUACAAAAAAGUUCAAGAAAUACUCAAUGGUAACUUGGAUGUGUUGGAAUCUCAUGAUGACUGUGUGACACUGUAUGCAGAUGAAGACACUCCAUUUUCAAGAUCAGCUGCUGCCAUUUCUACACAACAACCACUCCCACCACCACCACCACCACCACCAAGCCAGUCUCACAUUCUCCACAACCCAGUGAGGUUCAAUCCAGCCUUACUGUCACAGAUGGAUUACCUGUAUGAUGACGAUGAUGCUCCAAAGUCGUAUGCUAUGGAGGACACGCCCUAUAACCUGUCCGAGCCCACAUCACCAAAAAACACAGUGAAGAAGGCUCCACCCCCAGUACCUCAAAAACCAGUCAGACCUACAAACGUACCGAAAUUUAAUCCUGCUCUGUUGUCCCAGAUUGCUCAGGAUGUUGCAGACGACGAUGCUCCGACAUCAUAUGCUGUGGAGGACACUCCUUACAACAUGUCCAAGCCUACCUCUCCUACUCCUAAAGUCAAGAUAAGCAGUCCCAGUCCUAGUAAAGAGACCUCACAACCUGUGUGUGUGGUCAAGCCUGUUAUGCAAGUUGAGGACCCUGCUUUGUAUUGUGAGGAGGACACAGUUAAGACAUAUGCUACUGAGGACACGCCUGUUAAUUUCUCUCAUGCUACAUCACUCAGUGAUCUAAGUAUCAUUACUGGCAUGUCAGAACCAAUCAAGGAGGAAGACGAAGAGGCAGAGAAACCAGGACCUCAAGAGAGUCCUAAAACUGAGGUCAAAGUGAAAGAAGAAGUGGAGAGGCAAAUAGAGGAAGUAGAACAAGAAGAUGAAGAAGAAAGGGAUGAGAAGGACAGGGAUGAAUCAGGGGAACUGAACGACAGCAAAUCAGAUUCCUCCUGUAGUGAUGGAAGUGAAGAUCUUCUGUCUGACCUCAUUCAGUCUGCCAUGCCCAAGGGGAGGACCUCGCCGAAAGCCAGGGUGUCGAGAAAACUUGACAUGGACCGAGCAGCUGAGGGCGCGGAAACUAAGUUCCAACCUCAGAGGACCUCAAGCAUAGCUGCAACAGGCAAGCAGAAGAAUGCAAAUACUGGCUCAUGGAAUGAAAAGUCAAGAAUGCCCAGUGAAUUAAACGUUACCACUGAGAUGCCCUCUAGAAUUGAUUCUGUAGACAUCAGUGAGACUAGAAUGACCAAGACCUCAUACAGUCAUCCUGUGACUGGGGGCGAUGACUCUGUGUUCUUUCAUACUGGCGAUUCGUUGGACUCUGUGAAAGUGUACGACGUAGAGGGAACUCCCAUCACGUUUUCUAGGAAUGACUCUCUAAGUUCCUUGAGUAUAAUUGACAGUGACAUGAAAGUAGAAAAAUCAGAAGCCUCGAAUUCAGCAAAGAAGAUGCCUCCUCCAACGUGCAUUCCAAACAAGGAAAAAUCAGAGGUUGGUCUUCAACGUGAGGUGGAGGGCCAGUCCAGUGAUGAAGUGACAACAGGGGCCCAGCAGAGGAACUCAGAAAAAUCAUCUCAGAUAGAUAAUAAGUCCAAUUCAGAAGAUGAUGAUGACGACGAUGAAGAUGAUGAAGCACUGCUAGAAGCGUGCAUGAAUUUAGCAUUACCAAAGAGUAAAUCAACGACUUUUGCCGAAAAAUCAAAAUCAUCAUCAUCCUCCUCUUCCUCAAAAACUCACAGAUCAAACCAAGUUAUGACUGGCUCAAGGAGCUUUAAUUCCUCUUUCUCCUCAGAAAAAUCACGAAAAUCAGCGGUGUCCUCGAGGAAGACCAAUGAGAACCACAGACACAAGAUGAACAAGAGCACCUCAGCCAUUGAGAGCCACCACUUAAACAUGAGCAUCGGUAGUGUGACCACUCAUCACUCCCGAGCAGCAGACUGGCAUGUGCAGCAGACACUUAACAUGUCCGACGAUUUUGUCUUUGCCAAACCUUCGUCCAAUUACAGAAGACCUCGUCCCCACCAGGGCUCGUGGAGGAGAUCAAGGUCGCAGGACAGCGACGGAUUCCUGAAGCAGCAGAAGGAGAAUACAAACAUGGAGCUGAUGCAGAAUUCUAGGACGCCUCACAGAGGCUCAGCCCAGUCCAUACCCACCUAUGUUGAUGUGUAUGUAGACAACAGACUCGUAGAGGAACAGCAACGUUACACCCAUCAAAAGUAUUACCACGAAAAUCACCAAGGGUCGCAUAGCUACGUGAGUCAGACUGAGCACAUGGAGAGGACGGAGCAGAGAAGCACUCGAUACUAUGCAAGCACUGAUCCCCACAAACGCAGUCACAGCGAGAGUCGUGAAAAGACGAACAGAGAGCAGCACAAUCAAGCCGUUUACCACUCCCACGUCAAGCGUCGACAUCACAGCGAGCACGACAAUCCAGAGAAUUGUAACCCUGUCAGUGUGCAACACGUACCUGCACCUCCCGAAGAAAUCGAGAGCCUGAACAGAUCCAUUUACCAAAUGGAGCACAAUCACGAGGCGCUGACGUUCGGGACCGGCAUUGACAAUUACGGGUUUGGUAUCGGAGGAAGCAGGGAGGAGAUGAGUGAAGACGACAGAGUCGAUAGUGCAGAUGUCACUUUAAGAGCAGCCAGUGGGAACAACACCAUAACAAACGAUUCCAUCAACCAGAGCGAAAUCUCCAUCCACUACCACAAGGCGGCCCUGUCUCCAGAAGAUGAGCGAGCGCUGCAUCUAGACGCCAGUGUAGUGGUGUCUGAGAUUCAGAACAAGAGAAUGAUUGGGAGUGGUGUUGAGGACGACAUGUUUAUUGAGCACGAGACGCUUUCCUUGGUAUCUGGGGGAUACAUGUCCGACACACCUUCUGAUGCCUCCAUCACUUGGUCCGCCCAUUCAGAGAAUUAUUCUGAGUCUACCAUGGAGGAUAACUCUGUGGCUUCUAGCGGACCUAGGAUUGUGAAGCCUUCUGGGAGACAAGUUCCAGUUAUGACUGCAGACGAUGGAAAAGCCAUUCGAGGGAAAAGGAAGCCUCUGUACAGCCGAUCUAAUUCAUCAUCCUCACAAAAAUCUGAUACGCCAAACCGCAUGGUGAAGCCAGCAGUCAACAAUACAAGACUGCUAGCUGGGGGGAGAGGUGGCAAUGUCUCCGUCGGAGCUAACAGGAGGAUUCCACAAACCAGGACCCACCCUCAGGCAAGUAGUACACCAACCAAAAACUCGCCACCUAAACCAAAGAUUCAAAAAGCUUCACCACCCCAGGGGAAAACAGUGGCCCGAAAUCUGAACACCAAAGAGAGUCCCUCCAGGCUUCCACUUGCCUCCAACAGGAAGAACUCGGCUGAGAGACCAAAACCACCGAUAAAACAGGGUACAUUUACCAAGGAGGCCUCCACUGUGAAGGUACCAGUCAUUGACAAUACGCUCAACGAGAGCUGCAGGGAUGCUAGUCUUGAGGCUGUUAAAAAUCAGACUAACAAACAAGGCAAUGCCUCGGGGCCAGAGGGACCUGAAGGCACAGAAUCAUGGAAGAAGGCACUAGGCACCUACAACUUUGUCAUUGAAAAUUCCUCAGAUGACAAGAAAGAGAAUUUGACCCCAAACAGGAGGACAUCAGGAGUCACAAACUUGAACACAAAGAAGUCAGGUAGUGGGAAUAACUUAUCUGCCACAAAGCCAAAGGCAGGGACAUCUCCCGCCAACAAAGGCACAGUGAAGCCUACAUGUCGCGUCAACAGUACCAGCAACCUGAAAAAGACCUACAGUGGGACGUCACUGACAAAGUCGGGGAGUGGGGCCUCAUUGAAUAAGACGGGCAGUGGCAGCGCCCUCAACAAGUCAGGGAGUGGUCAGCUCCUGAACAAAUCAGGAAGUGCCUUACAUAAGCUGACGGGAAGUGAUCGAGGAUUAAAUCGAGGUGGAUCUAAUCCAAAUCUGGGGCGACUUCAUGGCAGUAAACCAGACCUGAAAAAAUCUGACAGCAACGCCAGUCUCCGUAAUAACUCAAGACCCUCUACACCUGUAGGGAGGAAGGCUUCUUCUUCUUCACUUCAAGGGAGAAAAUCUGAAGGGAGUACAGGCAAGAGCCUGACUCCAUCGGAGAAGAAAGCUGGUGUCACUGGUGGUCCAAAGAAGCAAGUGGGAAGCAAGAUUGCUGGACUCUGGAAGAAGGAUGAAUCUGUGGAUACCCCCUCACCACGCUCUUCUGCGUCUAAAUUACCUGUGUCAACAACCCCUUCCCGCCAAAGAAAUCUCUCCUCAGUGGGAUCCAAAAAGUCCUCAAACGCUUCCCUGCAGUCUUUGAACAAAUCAAUGAACUCUGCAGAAACAUUAAAUGAAGGGAUAAGUCGAAGUUCCACUUACGACAAAAUCAAUUCUACCAUAGACUCCAGUCAGUUACCAUCCUUGGAUAAUGAGAACGAAGAUGAUGAUGCGAAAAAUGUGACCAUUGAACUAAUGAAGUCCAGUGUUGUCCUAGGCGAUGAAAUCAAAGGAGACUAUGUGGAGCUUAGAAUCAUUCAGGGAUCAGAGUCUGACUUUGACAUGAACAAGAGCAUUGUGAUAAAAAGUCCAACGAAGAACAAAAGCGAUUCAGACUCUGUAACAAGUCCGUCUGCAGCAUCUGUGAAGAGCCAGUCUUCUGGAGAGUUUGAUCUUAAAUCACUAGAAAAAAGAAUUGAUUCAAGCACUUGGAAGAAAAAGAAGUCUGACUUGAGCUCGACUACUCUUCCAAACGCAGACGAGACCAGCAAGUCUCUGGAGGCUGUGAAGGCACUUUUAGAUGCCUCCUUGGCUAGUGAGUCUUCCAACAUGACCUUAUCUUCCUCCUUCUACAAUACCUCUAACGUCCAGGGAAGUUACCUCAGUCAGGGAAGCCGCACGGUCAACGGUACUGCCUGGCGGCGCUACAAGCAGGAGUCGUCAUUUGCUAGCGUGGACCACAGCGAGGACGAGGGCGACAGUAUUUGGGUGAGGCGAGAUCCAGAGUCCUCCAAAUCUGAGCCUGAGCUCAACAAGCACUCGCUAAAUGCCAAAAAGGAUAAAAAAGAAAAGGGAGAUAAGAGUUUUCUGCCCAUCAAAGCCAUGAAGAGUAUGUUUGGUGCAUCUAAGAAAGAGAAAACCUCAAAAUCAGGUUCCAAAAUGUCUCUGAGUUCUUCCAAAGAGAGCUUACAAAGUACCAAGAUCAAUAUGAAUGAGAUAGUGAAGCAGGUGGAAAAGGAAAGAGAGAAAGACAAAGAGAAGGAGAAAAGAGAAAAGGCUAAAUUGAAGGAGAAACUGAAAGAGAAAGCAAAGCUAGACUUUGCUCAGGAGAAGGCAAAGGCCAAAGAGGCUGCUAGACUUGAGAAGGAGAGGGCCAAGCUGGAGAAAGAAAAAGCCAAAGCUGAGAAAGAGAAGCUAAAAAGCAGUAAAAAGAGUGACUCCAGGAAGAGUUCUGUGGCAGACGACAGUGUACUAUCAGUCAAAGAUGUCGACAUAAGUGUCAAAUCUCAGGACGUGUUUGGUUCUGUGAGCCACAAGACCACCUCCCCCCAAUCCGCUCUCAUCCCACCCUUCAACUACACCCCCAAGGACAGCCAGAAACCACUGGAGGAUUCCAUGACAGAACCAGCGGACCAGAGUCUGAACAAGUCCCAAAACCCUGGACCGAACUCCUCAGCCAACUGGAGCCCGGCAACCGCUCACAUGACCAAGACCGAGAUGCUGCUGGCCCGGCGGAGGAUGAAUAGCGUGAACAAGGGGGAGGGGGAGGAAGAGGGAGGGAAGAAGAAGACUGGCUGUAUGGUGACCACCGUGUGAUUCAACUGCUGCUGGCCAGGGUUUUUUUGUGGCGUUUUGUUUUAACCAUGUUUACAGAAUACAGUACUUAUCAAUGCAGACACAAUUUUUAUUUAUUACCAAGUACAUAUCGUACAUUCAGUUCCUCAGAUGUUGAAAAAAGUUCAUAGGGUUUUAUUUCUGUCAUAUAUGUGGCAUUUCAUAUCAUUGGAUUUUGAUAGCAUUAGAUUAUUUUGAAGUGGCAUUAUUUGAUUUUUUUAAAUUUUUGUUAGUAGGGAAAAUGAAAGUUUAAGUAAACACUGCUGUUUUGUGAUUUUUGAUAGAUAAAAUGGCUGCUGAUGCUAGAUAAAUAAAAUGGCUGCUCUAUUUCAAUUUAUAUAUCUUAGAAUUUUUAUUAAAUCAUGUAUGACAGAUCAUCAAGCAGUAUCUUACAGUAUUUGCGUGAUGAUUUAUUCUUUUACACUUUUUCCUUUCAUUGGAAACAGAGAUAAACUGUGGUUUUCAGAGUAAAUAUUUACAAUAUCUGUUAUUUUGAGGGGGAAUGGUAUGUUAUUGCCAGGGUAUAUGUUUAGUUAUACUCUGUCUCGAGUUUUUGCUUCCACCACUUUUUGCUUGAUAUUUCAAUAAUAGUAAAUACCUUUGUGCUCAAACUACAUUCAUCCACUAAUAUGAAAAAUGUCCAGAUUAUCUGUUUUGAAACGCCCCCUCUACCGCUUCAGGUUUCAAUACACAUCCAAAAAUUGAUUUAGUCUACGGAGAUUUUGCACUGCACCAGCCAUUUAUAAGCCCAGAUGAUAUUGUUAAAAAAUUGCGCGAUGUAUUCCGAGUGUAUUCCGAAUAGAGAAAAGAUGUAAACAUUUCCCAUUACAAAUCUCCGUAGGAAAAUUGUUUUCGUUCCUGUGAAAUUUUGAGUGAAAAGGGAUAAUUGUUCAAUGAAGAUAUCUUUGAUAUAUUCCCUUUCAUCGAUUUCAAUUGUAUUUCUUUCACAGGUAUGUGUAUUUUUAUUAAAAAUCAUCAAAAAUUGAUGGAAGCAAUAACUUGGGACAGACUAUAGAGUAUUGUUGGGGGGAGGGGGGAAAGAGAUUAGGUCUGGGGUUGUAUGUUUUCUGUACAUAUGCGUAGUAUGCAGAUUUGGGACUUGCAAUCCGCAAGGAAAUGACUGUGUGCAAUAUUUCUCUCUGAACGUGUCGUGCGGCAGCUUUUUUUGCGUGUGUUGGAACUACAUGUACUUAAAAAAAAUAAAACCCAUGCAUGGACAAGUUGUGAUAACCUGACGUCAUUCAGAGAACGUAUCAAACUGUGAAAACGGGAAAAAUCUCAUUUUUCAAUCAAACGUCGAAGCAAGUACAUUCUUCAUCAGUGCGUGAUGUGAGGAUUUUUUUUUUUCAUAGAGAAACCUGUGCAGCAAAAGACGAUUUCAUGUGAUGUGAUUUAUUUUUUUUUAUCUUUGCAGUAGACUUAAUUGUUUGUGCAUCAUGGGACAUUCCUUCAUUCUGUAUCUUGUGAAUCAUGUGUUUUCGACUGAAAGGUUUCAUGUGCUCUGUAUAUAAAAAGGUUGAAUUUGUGAUGUCAUUUGUACGAUAAUUCAACAUCACUUGUAAUAAACAGAAGAAAAUCUUUUUUUCUGUACAUAUGUGUCUGCUUUGUAUGUAUUAGCCAUACAUAUCAUGCAUCUUUUUUAUACAUUACACAUAACAUUAAUGCUCCAAUCAUGUGCUUGCUGUUUUUUGAUGCAAUUUUUUUUUUUUUUUUUUUACAGAAAUUCAAUUCAAACAAGUGGUGCUAUUUAUUUCAACUUAAAAUCUUUGCAAGCUGUUGUGUGUUUUUUUGUGUUGCUAUGCAGUGUAAUUGUUUUCAUUUUUCAUUUUUAUAGGGUUUUUGUCUGUUUUGAUACAAACUUGCAAAUUAAUUUUACACAGUUUUCUGGGAAAAUAUUACAUAGAUAUUACACGGAUUUCAGUAUUAAUUUUUUUUCCUUUCAGUGAAAAUGAGUAAAAAGGAUUUUUUAUGUGCAUUUGGAAACUGUCUAGAUUUAUAUAUCAUUGCUUUGAUGUUCAAAGUUAUUGACAUUGUGGAGUUUUCCCCAGUAUGGUUUUUAUGAUGCUUGGGAAUUUUAGUACAAAUUCAUUCCUUGUAGAUUCCUUGGUGCAAAUGUACUCAUCAGGACUGAGUUGUCAGUCUGUGAAAUUGUCAGUCUUCACGCAAGGGAGGUAACAUGUAAUAGCCUUUCUAUUGUAUUUUUGUGUGCGUACAUGUACAGUUUCUCUACUGCUCGUAUUAAUAAGAAAUGAUAAAAAAUGUCAUUACAACUGA